AUGGUGACCAUCCACGAAAUUCGCAAGGUUCAACGAGGUGAAGGAGCAGCAACUAUCAUGGCGACAGGAACAGCAACUCCUCCAAAUUGUGUGGAUCAAGCCACAUUUCCAGAUUACUAUUUCCGGGUCACAAACAGUGAGCAUAUGGUGGAGCUCAAAAAUAAGUUUAGGCGCAUAUGUGAUAAAACUAUGAUCAAGAAGCGUUACAUGCACUUGACGGAAGAACUUUUAAGAGAAAAUCCAAACAUGUGCUCAUUCAUGGCACACUCACUCAAUUCCAGGCAAGACAUGUUGAAGAAGUACCAAAACUUGGCAAAGAAGCAGCAAUAA